AUGUCAUCACAACCACCUGCUAGUAUUUCUGUGCAACUGGUGAAAAUAAUCGACUACAUUUAUCGCAAAGGGUUGGACACACCAUGCCUGAUGUUGACACGAGGAAAUGACAAAGAGAUGUUAGAGGUGAAACAUCUUCUUCAGAAAGGGGAAAGUCUUUGUGGCAAAAAGUAUAAUGUACAUACAAUGUGUGGGUUAUUAGUGUCGCACAUUAACUCAGUUCCUCCAAUUAUUCCAACUGAUAUCACCACAACGGGCCUUUCAAUGGACAAUCGAGAGAUAUGCACACUUCUCUUCAAAAAGUUAUCGACGUACAAUUACAACACUUUCUAUUACAUCAUCUCGUUUUUAAGAGAGCUCUUGUUCCACUCGGAGAAGAAUGGACUCACUUCAGACCAACUUUCACAAAUGGUAAUUGGGAUGUUUGUCCCACAAAGAGAUCCAUACUGUCCAACAACCACCACUGUCACGGAGAAAUAUGCCUCCUUUAUUAGAGACGUAUUAGACCUCAAUUUGAUGUAA